AUGUCAGAAAUCGAAAAAAUAGUCAAGGAUGAUCAUAAAGAACUAAAGAAGCCUAUUGUUUUUAUUUGGAAAAUCAAUACAACUGACCAAAACUCAAUGCUGAUAAGUGGACAAGCUGAAGAAAAUUAUAUAUGGCAAUUAAUGGUAAUUAUUCCCAAAAACUAUACAAAUCUUGAUGGAGAGUCUUGUCUAACUCCUCUGAGUUAG